CAACCAAGGACCUUCUUCACCCUCCCACCACCACCUUUUGCGUACACCUCACCCUCACCCGGGUCAUACGCCCCCCACCAUGGCCUCCUCCGCCCUCUUCCGCACCUCGAACCUCACACGCUCCGUAUACCGCACAUUCUCACAGUGUCCUCACCAUGCCCGCUCCUUUGCCAGCACCAGCAACGUACCCUCUUCCAGACCCGGACCGGGCAACCUGAACAAGUACUCGCGCAUCAUCACACGUCCAAAGGACCAGGGAGCUUCCCAGGCCAUGCUCUACGCUACAGAGGGCAUCGAUGCCGACGAGGACCUGCAGAGGGCAAUGGUCGGAGUUGCCUCGGUGUGGUACGAGGGAAACCCUUGCAACGCCCACAUCUUGGGACUGGGUCAGAGGAUCAAAAAGUCAUUGGUGGACAAUGGACUGACAGGCUAUCAGUUCGGUACCGUGGGAGUCUCCGAUGGAAUCUCCAUGGGGACAGACGCCAUGAGCUACUCGCUGCCCAGUAGAGAGAUCAUUGCAGACAGUGUAGAGAGUGCAGCUGGAGGUCACUGGCUCGAUGGAAUGGUCGUCGUGCCCGGCUGUGACAAGAACAUGCCUGGUGUGCUAAUGGCUCUUGGUAGACUCAACCGCCCAGGAAUCAUGGUCUACGGAGGAACCAUUCGACCCGGAAGCUCCCCCUCUGUUCCCGGCGCCCUGGAUAUUGUGUCCGCCUUCCAAUCCUACGGCCAGUACCUCAUGAACGGCAGCACUCCCGAGGCUGAGAAGGUCCGGUACGAUACCGUCCGGGCCUGCUGCCCUGGUCCCGGAGCUUGCGGUGGAAUGUACACUGCCAACACAAUGGCUUCUUGCUCCGAGGCCCUCGGUAUGACCCUUCCCGGCUCCAGCUCCUUCCCUGCGGAGUAUCCCGAGAAGCACCAGGAGUGUCAGGAUGUGGGCGCUGCCAUGCGCAAUAUCCUCGAGAAGGACAUCAAGCCUAGGGACAUUAUGACCAAGGGCGCCUUCGAGGACGCCAUUGCCCUCACCAUGGUCUUGGGUGGCUCAACGAAUGCUGUCCUGCACAUGAUUGCCAUGGCUCACGCCGUGGGCGUAGACAUCAGCAUCGAUGACUUCCAGCGCAUUGCCGAAGUGACUCCCUUCCUGGCCGACUUGAAGCCCUCUGGAAAGUACGUCAUGGAGGACGUGUACAAGACUCUGGGUGGAAUUCCUACAAUCAUCCACUACUGCAUUGAGCAGGGUCUAAUGAAGGGAGAACACAUGACCGUCACUGGACACACCCUCAAGGAGAACUGCGCCAAGUGGGUCAAGGAGCGCGGUAGGUGGCCAGAAGGACAGGAUGUUCUGCGUCCCGUCUCUAACCCCAUCAAGAAGACCGGCCACAUCCGUAUCCUCAAGGGCAACCUCGCUCCAGGAGGAGCUGUUGCCAAGAUCACCGGAAAGGAAGGUCUGCGUUUCACAGGAAAGGCGCGCGUCUUCGAUACAGAAGACGACCUGGUUGCAGCAGUGGAGAACAAGUCAUUGAAGCAGGGAGAGAAGACGGUGGUGGUGUUGAGGUACAAGGGACCAAAGGGAGGACCGGGAAUGCCAGAGAUGCUCAAGCCUACCAGUCUUAUCAUGGGUGCCGGAUUGGGCAAUGAUGUUGCCUGUGUCACCGAUGGUCGUUUCAGUGGAGGUUCCCACGGAUUCGUCAUCGGUCACGUCGUCCCCGAAGCGCAAGUGGGUGGUCCCAUUGGUCUGGUGCGAGAUGGCGACACGAUUGAAAUCGAUGCAGAGCGCAACAGUAUUGAACUCGUGGAUGUGUCCGAGUCAGAGUUGGCAGAGAGGAGAAAGAGUUGGGUGGCUCCACCACUCAAGGCGAAAUGGGGACACCUAAAGAAGUACUCGAUGCUAGUGCAGGACGCUUCAAAGGGGGCGGUCACUGAUGUGGAUCUCUAGAAGUGGUCUAGAGGAGGCGAGGAGGGGAGGAGGGGAGAAAGAGGUCAAUAGCAUACAUGUCCCCUUUUUCGUCUUCUUCUUCUUUUGUGUGUAUCAUUUGACUCGCAAUAAUGCCCGACCUACUUGCAAGGUUUAUUUCACCUCGAUUGCUGGGAUUUCCUCUCUCUAGCUAGCCAGCUACUAGCUGGCAGACGUGCCGGAGAGAGAGUACACUCUACUAUCACUAUCAACAACGUGUUCGAAUUUCAUCAUCAUGGAGAGGUGAAGAAACAGAGCAGAGCACAGCGCAGCACAGCACAGUACAGCAGAGGAAGAACAGAGGAAGAAGGUAGUGACAGGGGGGGUCGAGCGAGGGGUAAGAGAACUGAACGAAUGAACACAUGUGGGAAAGGAGAGUGGUCAGCGGAGUGAGAGUGG